AAUAGCGGGUACCUUUAUUAAUCCUAAAACCUUCAACCUUUGCACACCCUCUUCUCAUGUAACUCCCAUUUGUGGGAUUGAAAAAAUGGAGAGCAGAGCUUCAACAGCAAGCACAAGUAGCAGCAGCAGCAUAAGUGAUGAAGGUAGUACCAUAAUAGUACGGCAAAGUCAGAGUAUGAGAAUCGAGUUUCCCUUUACGCUUAAAGUGGGUCAGGUCUUUACUGGCUUUGGCGUUGGUUGUGGUCUUGGUAUCGGCGUUGGUCGCCCCAUCAAUUUAGGUGCUAUCCCUAUGCUGAACCAAGUUAUGAGUGCUGCUAGUGGUGCUACACAGGCUUUCUCUGGUAUUGGAAGACAUGUGAACCAUUCCUUGAAGAAGAUAGGUGCAAAGAACAUUGAGGCUGGCAUAGGAUGUGGAGUUGGUUUUGGUCAUGGUUUUGGAGCUGGUCUUGCUCUGAAGCCGGGAGUGGUCCAACGAAUCCAGUUUUCCAUGAUAGAAUUAGUGAGCAAAAUGAUGAUGAAAUUUGGAGUAGCCCCUGAUUUAUCUAUUGGGCAAGGUCUUCUCCCUGCAUCUGUGCAAAGUAGUAUGACUGCCAUUCAAGGUUCAGCUCGAGAUCCUAUGGAAAGUAUUGCACAAUUUGGAAAGAAGAUACCAGGCGUGAAUAACCAAGAUCCAGCAGGAGAUGGAAAAGUGAAUUUAGGGAUUGAAAGGUUUGGAUCAGAAGAUGUGCCUUCAAAAUUACCCUUGAAAAAUCGAACUGAGAAGCUUAUCAAUGGCUUUCUGAAAGAUCCACUUUUGAGUGGAGAGAAUUCUGAGCUACAUGACAGGCUCCUGCAGGAUGAACAGCUGGAAUCAGAAAACAGGAUGCUUCGAAUGGUUGUCAAACAUCAGCAAGUCAUUGAGGAGCUUAUGGAAGAGAAUGAAAGACUUCGUCAAGUAUUGGUUGAAGACUUGAAAGUUCCAUCUAGUAAACUCCAAGUUAGACAUUCUGUUAGAAACGAGUCUCCCUGUUCUGAUUGUUUCAAAUGUAGAAGAAAACAACGGAGGAGAUAGAAAUUUCAUGGUGAAUAGGUGAUCAAUAUGCAUAAAAUCAGUUUCAACUUAGGUUUAGCAAUUAACCUUUUGAGUUCUUCAUUUGUAUCAGGUUCCUUACCUUUUUUGUGUGUUCAUGUUCCUGAAACUGUUGAUCUUGGUACGUGUAUCAGCAUUUAGUACAAUAUACACACUAUAAUUGGAGAUCAUAGAGAAACAAAUUAACAUCACAGUACACCAAAUGAGAGAGAAGGGCAUACCUUUUUUUUUUUUUUUUUAACAUCUAAGUCUAAGCCUUACAUUUGGUACUCUGCAAUUUAUUUUAUGUUAUGUAGUCUAACAAUAGCAUAUCUUCACUCUAAUUCUUGUGAUUCCAUCUUAUCUAAUCAUGUUGGCAUCCUAUAGCUAACUGGUGCUGCAUUACUUCAUACACCAUGAAUAAAAUGUGAUGAGAUUUGGUUACU